AUACACAGGCCCCCAGGACCCCUGGGGAGAGGGCCCUGCAGGGACCAUGGAACCCAGAGCUGAGUAAGAGCCACCCCAUCCCUCAUUCUCUGGUACAAGAUUCCCGGGCCAGGCCUGAGUCGGGGCAGAGGGGAGCUGGGGCUGGAGCAGGCCCGGGAGGUGCAGUGACCUGCCGGGGCAGGUGGUUGGAAUCAGAUACUCCGUGGGCCUGUGCUAUGACCUCCACUCUGGGACAGGCCACUCUCAGUCCCCUCCUCUCUGUCCCUCUCUCUCUCUCUCUCUCUCUCUCUAUCCAGCUCCUGUGAUUAUGUCUAUAGCUCUGUGAAUGCAUGUACCCCUCUGAGCUUUGUCCUUGGUAUGUCUGAGUGAUGGCUUCAGGGGGUCCACAGGGCGGAUGAUCAGGGCAGAGGGGAGGCUGGGUGUUGGUAUGAGUGGGUGAUCGUGUGUGACUUGUGUCGGCAUGAGGGUGAAGUGCUGGGGUACCCAUGGCGGGGACUGUGUGUGCGACUGGGCGGGGCAGUGUGUGUGCAGCUGAUUUCCCUCUAGAUCUCCCUGUCUCUCUCCUUGAGCCCAAGGCUGCAUCUUCUGCUUGAUAUGGGGGCAGAGGAGGAAAGCAGAGAUUGCAGGGCUUACGGUAAGUACCUAGGUAUCCUGCCCUCCCUUCUCUGAUGAGACAUGUGGGAUCAGCCACGAGGGUUCUAUGGGGUCUCACACACAGAGACACACAGACAGCCCACAAGGAUCCCACGCAGUUACCCAGCGACGCUCACAGCUGUACAGGAAAAUAUAGAUGUCGUUCACUUGCUCGGGCACACACACUCACAUCUAUACAAGAAAAUAUAGAUGGCAUGGCUAGAUACAAAAAUUAGCAGGGCGUGGUGGCGGGCACCUGUAAUCCCAGCUACAGGGAGGCUGAGGCAGGAGAAUCGCUUGAACCUGUGGGGCAGAGGUUGCAGUGAGCCAAGAUCAUGCCACUGCACUCCAGCCUGGGUGACAAAGCAAAACUCCAUCUCAAAAAAAUAGAUAGAUAGAUAGAUGGAUAGAUAGAUGGAUAGAUAGAUAGAUAGAUAGAUAGAUAGAUAGAUAGAUAGAUAGAUAGAUAGAUAGAUGUCAUUCACUUAGCUUGGGACUGUACAGGCUGUCCUUUAAAUCUGUGCAAUCCCAUGCCACAGAUAUAGGGGACAGUCUCAUCUUUUCAGGCAGACAGCAGACAGGAUCACACACACACUGCCUGCUCACAAAAGCCAUGCACUCAGCCACACACAAUCAUACACAGCCACACACACACAGUCACACUUUCUCACUCCAUCAUGUACUUGUGUGCACAAUUAACACUGCUGCACACACAGCCUCACACAACCACACACUCACAGCCACAAACCCCCACAGUCAUGCACAUGCCAACGCACCUUGUGGCACAGGCACACACAACCACACUUGUGUGCAAAGUGGCAGACACAACCACACAUGCAUAGAAGCAAGUCUCUGGACCCCUUCUGCAUCCCACAGAGGGGGCUCCCCUGCCGUGUUUGAUUGGUUCUUCGAAGCGGCCUGCCCUGCCUCCCUGCAGGAGGAUCCCCCCAUCCUGCGGCAGUUCCCUCCAGACUUCAGGGACCAGGAAGCUAUGCAGAUGGUGCCUAAAUUCUGCUUCCCUUUUGAUGUGGAAAGCCCUUCCCACUCCAGGGAGCCCCCCAGCCCCGCCGUGCAGCAUUUCACCUUCGCCCUCACAGACCUUGCCGGCAACCGCAGAUUUGGUUUCUGCCGCCUGCGGGCGGGUACCCAGAGCUGUCUCUGCAUCCUCAGCCACCUGCCUUGGUUCGAGGUGUUUUACAAGCUACUGAACACAGUGGGAGACCUCCUAGCCCAGGACCAAGUCACGGAGGCAGAGGAACUUCUUCAAAAUCUGUUUCAGCAGUCCCUGUCUGGGCCCCAGGCCUCAGUGGGGCUUGAGCUGGGCAGCGGAGUGACGGUCUCCAGCGGGCAGGGUAUCCCACCCCCUACCCGGGGGAAUAGCAAGCCGCUUUCCUGCUUCGUGGCCCCGGACUCCGGUCGCCUGCCAUCCAUCCCUGAGAACAGAAACCUAACGGAGCUGGUGGUGGCCGUGACUGACGAGAACAUCGUGGGGCUGUUCGCGGCCCUCCUGGCCGAGAGAAGAGUCCUGCUCACCGCCAGCAAACUCAGCACCCUGACCUCGUGCGUCCACGCGUCCUGCGCGCUCCUGUACCCCAUGCGCUGGGAGCACGUGCUGAUCCCUACGCUGCCCCCACACCUGCUGGACUACUGCUGCGCGCCCAUGCCCUACCUCAUUGGAGUGCACGCCAGUCUCGCCGAGAGAGUACGAGAAAAAGCCCUGGAGGACGUCGUGGUGCUGAAUGUGGACGCCAAUACCCUGGAGACGACCUUUAACGACGUGCAGGCGCUGCCUCCAGACGUGGUGUCCCUGCUGAGGCUCCGGCUCAGGAAGGUCGCCCUGGCCCCCGGGGAAGGGGUGUCCCGUCUCUUCCUCAAAGCCCAGGCCCUGCUCUUCGGGGGGUACCGCGACGCACUAGUCUGCAGCCCGGGCCAGCCAGUGACCUUCAGUGAGGAAGCCUUCUUAGCCCAGAAGCCUGGGGCACCCCUGCAGGCCUUCCACCGGCGGGCUGUGCACCUGCAGCUGUUCAAACAGUUCAUCGAAGCCCGGCUGGAGAAGCUCAACAAGGGGGAGGGCUUCUCAGAUCAAUUCGAGCAGGAGAUCACUGGCUGCGGGGCCUCCUCAGGGGCCCUUCGAUCCUAUCAGCUCUGGGCCGACAAUCUAAAGAAAGGUGGUGGUGCCCUCCUGCACUCAGUCAAGGCCAAGACCCAACCAGCUGUCAAGAACAUGUAUCGCUCGGCCAAGAGUGGCUUGAAGGGGGUGCAGAGCCUUCUAAUGUAUAAGGAUGGGGACUCUGUCCUGCAGAGGGGAGGCUCUCUGAGGGCCCCAGCCCUCACCAGCCGCUCAGACCGCCUGCAGCAACGCCUCCCAAUCACUCAGCACUUUGGAAAGAACCGGCCCCUUCGCCCCACCAGGAGACGCUGGCUGGAAGAGGGACCUUCUGAGCCUCCAGGGGCGGGGACACCCCCGCUGAGCCCUGAGGAUGAGGGGUGCCCGUGGGCAGAAGAAGCUCUGGACAGCAGCUUCUUGGGGUCUGGAGAAGAACUGGAUUUGUUGAGUGAGAUUCUGGACAGUCUUAGCGUGGGAGCCAAGAGCGCAGGCAGCCUGAGACCGAGCCAGAGUUUAGACUGCUGUCACAGAGGAGACCUGGACAGCUGCUUCAGCCUGCCCAACAUACCAAGAUGGCAACCAGACGAUAAGAAACUACCAGAGCCGGAGCCCCAGCCCCUGUCCCUGCCAUCCCUGCAAAACGCCUCAUCUUUGGAUGCCACCAGCUCUUCAAAGGACCCCAGGUCCCAACUGAUACCCUCAGAGUCCAACCAAGAAGUCACCUCUCCAUCCCAGUCCUCAACAGCUUCUGCAGACCGAAGCAGCCGGGGGGACCCCGAACCCUCUCCUCUCACAGAGCCCCUAAUUCUUCAUCUCGCCCCUUCCCACAAGGCAGCUGAAGAUUCUACAGCCCAGGAAAACCCCACUUCCUGGCUCUCCACCUCACCCACCAAGCCCAGCCCUCCAGAAAGCCCCCAAAUUCUGGCCCCCACAAAGCCCAACUUUGAUAUAGCCUGGACGUCCCAGCCCCUUGAUCCUUCCUCAGACCCCAGUUCUCUGGAGGACCCCAGAGCCCAGCCUCCCAAAGCCCUGCUGGCAGAGCACGCUUACCUCCAGCCACUCGAGGAACCAGGAGCCCCGAAUUCCCCUGCUACACCCACCAGCAACUGGCAAAAGCCCCAGCCCAGCAGCCGGCCCAGAGUCGCUGAUCUUAAGAAGUGCUUUGAGGGUUAAGAAUCAGGGGUCCAGGAGAGACCCCAGUCCCUCAAUAAAGCCACAAGAGCCCAGAAAAGCUGGGUUUUUUCCUGGUGAAUUUCUCUGGUGCCCUCACUGUGCUGGGAAAUCCAUCCCACCCACCUCUGUCCAUCUAAGGGCAGCCUCUCCAACUGGCUCCUCGCAGGGACUUCCAGGAAGCCUCCUGGUCCUCUAGAAUCCUGGCAACCUUACAAUUCCUCUCAGCAUUUGUCACUUCCAUCUCAGCUAAUGCUCCCACCAGCUCAAACACACCAAUAAAGCUUUUGUUACAUCUCA